AUGCUUCAACAACCAGUAUCGAGGGAAUUACGCUCAUUUCAAUCACUUUCCCGUUUUUCUGGACCCCGCGGAUUGUUUAACAGACGUUAUUCGAAUUCUAGGCGUUAUUUGCAAUCACGGCGCAGAACUACUGAAACUUAUGUGGGUGAUUCCCAGGUGUUAUCCGCAUUGGGACCUGACUCAUCUAGGGGAUAUAGAAGCUUUUUGCCGUAUACGGAAAAAACUUUCUCGUUAUCGAUGGAAGUAAGCCCAUUACGACCAUGGCGUCACAGUAUUCUGGAAGAAGACGAUUAUCAGAAACAAACCCAAGUUGGCUGGGAUAGUGAAGCAGAUAUUAUCAACGAAGAAUGCGAUUUGCCUUAUCCAGGAUUUACGGAACCAGCCUUGCAUUGUUUACGGCAAGCUGUACCACCACGUUCGUGGGCGUUGCGGAUGGUUAUGAAUCCAUGGUUUGAUCGAAUUACAAUGUUUGUUAUCUUAAUCAAUUGUGUAACGCUUGGAAUGUAUCGGCCGUGUGAGGAUAACGAUAACUGUACGACAUAUCGUUGUUACGUACUCUCAACCACUGAUCAUGUCAUUUUUGCAUAUUUUGCUUUAGAAAUGAUGAUCAAAAUAGUUGCACUCGGGUUCUAUGGCUCAGCCGCUUAUCUUUCUGAUACUUGGAAUCGCCUUGAUUUUUUCAUCGUUUGUGCAGGAUGUGCAGAAUAUCUAUUGCAAGAAUAUUUGGGUAAUAUAAAUUUAACCGCUAUACGAACGAUUCGUGUACUUCGACCAUUACGUGCUGUUAAUAGGAUACCAUCUAUGAGAAUUCUUGUUAAUCUAUUAUUGGACACAUUACCGAUGCUCGGCAAUGUAUUGUUGUUAUGUUUCUUUGUCUUUUUCAUAUUUGGUAUUAUUGGUGUCCAAUUAUGGGCCGGACUGCUCAGAAAUCGUUGUGUUAUUAGCUUGCCCAAAAUAAAUGCUGAUAUUGAUGUCUCAGACAUAUCACUUACACGAUAUUAUAUACCGGAAGACACUUCCCUAGAAUAUAUUUGCAGUCAACCGGAUUCAUCAGGUCUUCAUACAUGCAAUAAUCUACCUCCUUACGUACACAACGGAGUUAAAUGUAAUUUGACAGUACAUGAAUGGGCAAAUAUAAAAAAUGACACAACAGCAUGUAUAAAUUGGAAUGUUUACUAUAACGAAUGUAAAGUUAUGCAUCGUAAUCCAUUCCAAGGAUCGAUAUCCUUUGAUAAUAUUGGCUUCGCAUGGAUUGCUAUCUUUCUGGUAAUAAGCUUAGAAGGAUGGACAGAUAUAAUGUACUACGUUCAAGAUGCGCAUUCAUUUUGGAACUGGAUAUAUUUUGUUUUAUUGAUUAUUGUAGGAGCAUUUUUCAUGAUCAAUUUAUGUUUGGUUGUUAUUGCGACACAAUUUGCGGAAACAAAACGACGCGAAACAGAACGAAUGAUUGAAGAAAGGAAAAGGCUACGAUCUUCGGGAUCUCUUAGUAGCGAUCCAACCCAUUCAUCGAAAGAUGGUGAAGCAGGUGACAGUAUCUAUGCAGCUAUAAUCAAAUCUAUAAGACGUUAUUCUCGUCGGCUGCAAAAGAGAAUUCUGAAGCGAUGGAAAAUUUGGGAAGAACGUUUUGCGAAUAGACGAAAAUUCUUCAAAGGCCUUUCAAGUAACACUCACCCGAAAGCUGCGAAUUCUGAAGAAACGAAGAUGAAAGAUGUCCAAGUGGCUAAUGCUGACACAGAUGACAAAUUAUUGUCGCUGGAAUAUACGCAUUGUGAGGAAGGUAAAUUGCACGGCAAUUUUAAGAAUCUGAAAUGGAAUGGAAGUAUGAAUGUGACAGAUUGCACAACAAACAGUCUGGAAAGCGAUAUAGAGAUAGGUUCAACCAAUGGCUCUUUGAAAAAAACUCUUCGAGUGGGAGACUUGUCGAGCGGUGAGGAAAGUGAUGUGGAGCUUUCCGAUCAACCGUCCAAAACCGCAAGUAGGCUUGAGUAUGACGGUGCUGGCGGUGUUGGUAGCAGCGACGACAAUGGUUAUAAUUCCCACGUUAAACCGGAGAAUAUGACUAAAGCAAAGUCUACACUCUUUGGUCGAUUCCGUGAAAAGCUCCGAGCAUUUGUGGUUUGUAAUCAUUUCAAACGCGGUAUUUUAUUUGCUAUUUUGAUCAAUACUCUUAGCAUGGGUGUCGAGUACCAUCAGCAGCCCGAACUGCUGACAACAAUUUUGGAAAUCAGUAAUUACUUUUUCACUGGUUUAUUCGCACUGGAAAUGUUGCUCAAAAUAGGUGCAGAUGGUUUAUUUGGAUAUCUUUCAGAUGGUUUCAAUCUUUUUGAUGGCGGAAUAGUCGCACUAAGUGUGUUGGAAUUAUUUCAAGAAGGAAAGGGAGGGUUAUCAGUACUUCGAACAUUUCGUUUACUUCGAAUUUUAAAACUAGUCCGAUUUAUGCCCGCUUUACGGUAUCAAUUGCUCGUUAUGUUACGUACAAUGGAUAAUGUGACGGUAUUCUUUGGAUUACUCGUUCUCUUCAUCUUUAUUUUCAGUAUACUCGGAAUGAAUUUGUUUGGAUGUAAAUUUUGCAAAAAUCCUGUUAAUGCAAUGAAUCAGACAAAGAAAUGUGAAAGAAAAAAUUUCGAUUCCCUUUUAUGGGCAUUGGUAACUGUUUUUCAGAUUUUAACACAAGAAGACUGGAAUGUCGUUUUAUUUAAUGGUAUGGCUCGCACAACACCUUGGGCUGCUUUAUAUUUUGUUGCUUUAAUGACAUUUGGUAAUUAUGUGCUGUUUAAUUUGCUUGUUGCCAUCCUGGUUGAAGGUUUCCAAGAAAGUAAAGAAGAAGAAAAACGACAAUUGGAAGAAGAAGCUAUUAAAAAGGCAACUGUUGAAGAAGAAGAAAGAAAACGAGAAUUGGAACUAUUUCUAGCUAAAGCUUCCUCAUCCACUUAUCUUAAUCAAAAGAAUCUUCCAGCAUAUUACACGUACAGUCAUGGACCAGACAAUUUUCAAGCCUUUCAAAAUGUAUACCAAAUGCGAUACAAUGUUGCAACAAGUCCAGAUGAUGAGGAGGAAGGUGAAAAAUCAUUGGAAUUAGGACAACGAUCAUUUCUUACUAGACGAACCGGUAGUUUUAAUCGGCACCAUCCACCAAAAACUAUUAAUCCUGAUAUUAAUUUUAGAUUAGGCCGACAUACUUCACUUAUACUGCCUCAAAUGGUACCACAUUUUGACUCUUAUUCAAGUGGUGAAGUUCGACAACGUAUGAAUAGUUGGUGUGGAAUGCAAACAAGGCUCAAUACAAUUCGCUCUAUCGAUGGCCGACAAGCUGUUAUUGAAGCCUACACAAAGGACAGGUUAAUUGAGGCUAAUGAAGAAUUGCAAAUAGCGAUUGAACAGGAAGAACGACGUAAGAGAGAACGAGAAAAUACGAAAUUGAUACGUUUAUUAAGGAAAACGUGUUUUUACAAACGUGUUGAUCAUUCACUUUAUAUUUUUAAUUCAAAAAAUCGAAUCCGAAUUAAAUGCCUUCAACUAACACAGAAAAAAUGGUUUGACUAUACUAUUUUGAUAUUCAUUGGUAUUAAUUGUAUUACAUUAGCAAUGGAACGACCAUCAAUUCCUCCGAAAUCGCUAGAACGACAGUUUCUCACAUUUGCGGGAUAUGUUUUCACUGUGAUUUUCACGAUCGAAAUGAGUAUGAAGGUCGUUGCAAAUGGAUGUUUGCUUGGAAAAGAUGCUUAUUUUAAAGAUGGAUGGAAUAUUUUAGAUGGCGCACUGGUUAUUAUAAGUCUUAUAAAUAUCGUUUUUGAAUUGUUGGUUCAUAUAGAUUCACCGAAAAUAUUUGGUGUUAUACGUGUAUUACGGUUGCUGAGAGCACUACGCCCAUUACGUGUUAUCAAUCGAGCUCCUGGCGUAAAACUCGUGGUUAUGACAUUGAUAAGCAGUCUGAAACCUAUCGGAAACAUUGUCUUGAUUUGUUGUACUUUUUUCAUAAUCUUCGGUAUUCUCGGUGUUCAAUUGUUCAAGGGUAUGAUGUUUCAUUGUGUUGGACCAAAUAUAAGUAAUGUUACAACAAGGGCAGAUUGUUUGAUGGAUCCACGAAAUCGAUGGGUUAAUCAUCGUUAUAAUUUUGAUAAUCUUGGCCAAGCACUGAUGUCACUGUUUGUAUUGUCCAGUAAGGAUGGAUGGGUUGCUAUUAUGUACCAAGGUAUCGAUGCUACAGGCGUAGAUUUACAGCCAAUUGAAAAUUACAAUGAGUGGCGAAUGAUUUAUUUCAUUUCUUUCCUACUACUUGUCGGAUUCUUUGUAUUGAAUAUGUUUGUUGGUGUUGUUGUGGAGAAUUUUCAUAAAUGUAAAGAAGCACUGGAAGCUGAAAUGAAAGAACAAGCAUUAAAAAAACGAUUGGAGCGAAAGUUAAAACGACAACAAUACGAAAGCGAGUAUGGACAAAAGAAGAAAAGACGAGAGAAAUCACAACCAUAUUGGCACAAUUAUGGUCCAACGAGGCUAUUUUUGAACAAUAUUGUGACAUCAAAGUAUUUCGAUCUAGCCAUUGCAGCUGUUAUUGGGGUAAAUGUUAUCUCAAUGGCUAUGGAAUUCUAUAUGAUGCCAACCGGAUUGAAAUAUGUCCUGAAAACAUUGAAUUAUUUUUUUACAGCUGUUUUCACUCUAGAGUCUGCGAUUAAACUUAUAGCACUGGGAAUUCGUCGAUUUUUCAGCGAACGAUGGAAUCAGUUGGAUAUUUCCAUUGUGAUCUUAUCUAUUGCUGGUAUUGUAUUCGAGGAAUUCGAAGCUUUAGAAUUACCCAUUAACCCAACAAUUAUUCGAGUAAUGCGAGUCCUACGAAUUGCUCGAGUGUUGAAAUUAUUAAAAAUGGCUAAAGGUAUCCGAUCAUUGUUAGAUACAGUUGGUGAAGCAUUACCACAAGUUGGAAAUCUUGGAUCCCUUUUCUUUCUCUUAUUUUUUAUUUUCGCUGCUCUCGGUGUCGAGUUAUUCGGUAAACUUGAAUGUUCGGAUGAACAUCCAUGUGAUGGACUGGGUGAGCAUGCUCAUUUCAAAAAUUUCGGCAUGGCUUUUCUUACACUAUUUCGCAUAGCAACAGGCGACAACUGGAAUGGAAUUAUGAAGGAUGCAUUACGUGACGAUUGUGAUCCGUCAGAUCGUUGUGAAUCGAAUUGCUGUGUCGAUCCAAUAUUAGCACCAUGUUUCUUUAUCAUAUUUGUAUUGAUCUCGCAAUUUGUGUUGGUCAAUGUUGUUGUCGCCGUUUUGAUGAAACACUUGGAAGAAAGUAACAAAAGAGAAGAGGCUUCCGAUGGUCAUGGAAUUACUGGAACUGAUAAUGCGAACAAAACCGAUACAGAUGUUGAAGACAAUGCAGAUUUAUCACAAAAAGACUUAGAUAAUACUAGUACUGAUACAAAGAAUGAAAAGGAUUGCUUAUUAGUACAUACAAGGUAUAUGGAAACGCCUUUACCGAAACACAAUGAACGUCACAACGGGCAUUCUCCCACGCUCAGAUGA